AUGUUGCAGCAUCGCACUGAAGAAAUUAACGUGGAUCUCGAUGCGGACGAUGCAAUUAGCGUCGAUAUUUCCGAUGCACUUUCUGAGAGAGAUAAGGUGAAGUACACUGUACAUACGAAGACUCGUCUUCCUGAUAUGCAUCCCGAGACGUCUGUGGUACGUGAGCACGAAGAGUUUCUGUGGCUUCACAGCGUAUUGGAUGAGAAUGAGAAAUACGCGGGUUUUAUCGUUCCUCCAGCACCUCCUCGUCCCGACUUUGAUUCAUCACGUGAGAAAUUGCAGAAACUUGGCGAGGGUGAAGCAACUAUGACAAAAGAAGAGUUCUCGAAGAUGAAGCAGGAGCUCGAACAGGAUUAUCUAGCCCAGUUCAAGAAAACAGUGGCCAUGCAUGAGGUGUUUCUUCAAAGGAUUGCAGCUCAUCCUGUAUUCCGGCAAGAUUCGAACUUUCGUGUCUUUUUGCAGUAUGAAAAUGAGUUAUCUGUGCGAGGCAAAAACAAAAAAGAAGUAGUGGAGUCAUUGUGGAAGCGUUUCACGCAAUCAGCCGAUGAGGUUCUUCUUUCUGGACAGAGAGAUGUGGACGACUUUUUCGAAAACGAGCGCAAUUACUUGGUAGAGUACAACACUCACAUUAAGGAUGCCGCUUCGAAAGCCGAGAAAGUGGUGAAAUUGCGUAAGAAUGUGGCCGAAACAUACGCAAAGAUUGGCGACUGCCUUGAGAGAAUGGCACGUGUUGAACCGGAUAAGUUGCUAGCACGAACGGAGAUGCGAGCAUCUGAUGGAAUGUUUAAGCUGAAGAAGGUGGAAGCGCGUUCUGCAAACGAUGAAGAGUUGAAGUUGACGGAUACGUUAAUGUACUUUAUGAGAGAUACGCAAGCGGCUAAGGUAUGCAUUUUCUAA